AUGAUAUUCUCAAUAUAUGGAUCUAGUGGGCCAAUUAAACAAUAUCAUACUGCUCAUUCAAGUCCCAUAAGAAACAACUCAUUAGUCACUGAGAGUAUUUAUGGAGUUGAAUCUUCAUCAUCGAAUUUACCGCCUGUCAAACUAACAAGCCCGGUUAGUAAUCAACGCAAUAAAAUAUCGAAUCCAUUUCUUGAAAGUAGUAAUAACACUUUUGAUGGUACACCAUUACCAAGAGAAGAUAUAAUUAGAAUAAUAAAUGAAAAUUGUUUACCUCGAUUAUCAGGAUCAUUACCACUGACUCCAUCCAAAAUUAAAAAAAACGGACAAUUAUAUCGAUCAGAUAAUCUACAAGUGAUCCAAAGUUCUCCUCCAUCAAUAACCAAAGUAGACAACAGUGAAACAGGUAUUGAAAUAGAAAAAGAUUUUUUAACUUUUGAUUAUGAAAAUCAGGAUGAUAUCUUAAAAGCUGAAGAGGUUUACCGAAAUUUAUAUGGAAUUAGUCCUAAUGAGAGCACCACGAGUAGUUCAAAAAUAACUGGAAUAUCAAUUUGUUCCCGUUCACUUAUAGCUUACAAUCUAUUUGCUACACCAUGUCAUAAUAACGCUAAAGAAUGUGAAGGUUCAGAAGAUAACCUGAUAAUACUGCAAAUUCUGAAUCGAAAACUGAGGUCGAAACAGAAGCAUCAGUUGCAGCUGCUGGUAAUAAAACAUGACAUAAAAAGCUUGAACUCACCGGAUAAGAAUAUCAACGUAUCCACUAAACCAUUUAGUAUAUCAACUUGUCGAAAUAGUUUUAUAACGUCAUCUGCUAGUCUGGCCAAUACUGAUUCUGAUAGUUACAAACACAGCCGAAUACUGGAACCUCAAAAAACAAAGAAUUGUUCAAGUUCACAAGACGGAAACUUUAUAGUAAAAUUGAAACUACAAGCUGAUUCACUUGUAUGCAAAGACGAGACUAGUAAUAAUAAUUAUGACAACAAGAAACCAUCACCAUUUUCAAUGGCAGAUUCAAGUUCAGAAGUUUCAUCUGAUAAUGAAUAUAUACCUGAAAAGCGAGUAACCAGAAAUAAUAAAAGAAAACUUCGCCCAGUUGGUACUAUGGUAACACAGCAUGAAAAGAAGCGUAAGUUAGGGGCCAGGUCUAAAACUGGUUGUUGGACAUGUAGAAUCCGACAUAAAGCAUGUCCAGAAGAGAAACCUUCUUGUAGUCAAUGUAUUCGACUUCAGUUAGAUUGUGAUUAUUCAGACAAACGUCCUUCUUAUAUGUCGGACCCUAAUUUACAAAUUCAAAAGUUAAAAGAGAUUAGAGCUAUCACUAAUCAAAACAAGCGGGCUAAUUUUUUGAGUAGUAAGGGGAAAACUGGAUUGAGAAGUAGUAAUACUCAGUAA